GCUGAAGUGGGAGGAGAAAGCCAGCACACAGAUACGCAGAGUGAGGCUCCAAUAUAAAAGGGAUAGGUGCCUCCCUCGGGCACCAUCUCUGCAGCACUCUCCCUUUCAACAGAGCCGGGCAGGUCGUUAUCACCAGCGCCUUCUGCCACCCGGAAGCCACAGGAGGCUGUAACGAGAACAGAGGCCUUCCUGCCAGUUACAAUCAGAAACUACCUAAAAUAAAAAUUAUAAAAAAAGAAGGAUGAAUGGACGGUCUUUGGUUGGUGGCGCUGGUUACACCCAUCAUGGUCCUCUUUGGACAGAUCCUUUUGGAAAUAAUGCUGGUGAAGCAGAGCAUGAAGGCUUCGUCCAGCUAAGCUUGGCCCUGAUCGAUGGGCAGCAAGAACAGGAGCCAGAGGAAGAAGAAGUCAUGGAGGAUAUCCCUACAAUGAUUAAACUAGACCACGAUGAAAGCCCGACUUCAUCACAUCAAGAGAGAAGGUGUAUCCCCAAGGCAAUCGGCUAUGUUACUGGUGAUAUGAGAGAAUUUGCCAAAUGGCUUAAAGACAAACCUGUGACACUCCAGUUCGUUGACUGGGUUCUUCGGGGUAUAUCCCAAGUGGUAUUCAUCAGCAACCCCAUCAGUGGGAUCCUGAUUGUGAUAGGACUGCUGAUCCAGAACCCGUGGUGGGCUCUCAAUGGCUGUGUGGGAACAGUGGUCUCCACUAUGACAGCCCUCUUGCUGGGCCAGGACAGGUCAGCCAUAGCCGCAGGGCUCCAUGGCUACAACGCCACACUGGUGGGGAUUCUCAUCGCUGUCUUUUCAGACAGGGGAAACUAUUUCUGGUGGCUGUUACUGCCAGUAUCUGUUAUGUCCAUGACUUGCCCCAUUUUCUCAAGCGCCCUGAGCUCAGUGUUCAGCAAGUGGGAUCUCCCUGUCUUCACGCUCCCCUUCAACAUGGCACUGUCAAUGUACCUUUCGGCCACAGGACACCACAACCUGUUCUUUCCAAGUCAACUGAUCACACCUGUAAGCGAGGUUCCCAACAUCACCUGGUCUGACCUCAGUGCCCUGGAGCUGCUGAAGUCCCUGCCAGUGGGGGUUGGUCAGAUAUAUGGCUGUGAUAACCCAUGGACAGGGGGCAUCUUCCUGGCCGCCAUCUUCCUCUCCUCCCCACUCAUGUGCCUGCAUGCUGCAAUUGGAUCAUUGCUGGGGGUAGUAGCAGGACUCAGUCUCGCAGCUCCUUUCAAGAACAUCUACUCUGGACUUUGGGGGUUCAACAGUUCUCUGGCCUGCAUCGCAGUUGGAGGAACGUUCAUAGCACUCACCUGGCAGGCCCACCUCCUGGCUCUUGCCUGUGCCCUGUUCACCGCUUAUCUUGGAGGCACCUUGACAAACUUGAUGGCUCAUGUUGGACUCCCAUCCUGUACCUGGCCCUUCUGUUUGGCCACACUACUGUUCCUUUUGAUGACCACAACAAACUCCAACAUCUACAGGCUGCCCCUCAGUAAAGUCACUUAUUCUGAAGAGAACCGCAUCUUCUACCUACAAACCAGGAAAAGGAUGCUUGACAGUACACUGUGAGGGUGACCUCACCCCGGCCAUGGUCACAGCCAUUUCUGACAACUGCUCCAGUUGACUUCCAGAGACUCAGCACACUUACUGUUCACCAGGAACAACAUUCAUCCACCUGUUCUUUUCCUUUAUCUUUUUGACUCCGGGAAUAUCAUUGUGCAUAUCAGAGCCACAUCCAGGGGAUGUGCUCUGGUAUGGAAUUCUAAACCCCAGUCGGGGUUGGCGCUAAGACUGAAAUGUAUUUAUAAAGUCAAAAUGCUCCAACGAAAAGUAGUGAAAGUGGAGCUAAUAACUGAUAUUUAUUGAUAUUUUUGGUAUAGAGUUGGCCAAAUGAAGUUAACAGUAUUAAAAAUUAAACUUUAUUAACCAACUAGGCCUUAUGGAAUUCGUGGUCACAAAAUUGAAGUCAACCCAGAAUUCUCAGAUAUAAACAAUUUGGCUUUUAAAAAUCAAUGCAAGUGACAGAUUGCAGUUUUGGUCAACAUCACAUGGGUACUGGCUGAUCACUGGGUUGGUCUCCAGUUCCCCAGGAGAAAGACCUCCAUAUUUGUGUGUGUGUGUGUGUGAUUCUCUUAUGGGAGAAGAUUGGGUUUUUUCAGGCUGGCAGUUGCAGGAGGGAGAAAGGGACUUUGUCAAUCAAAAUUAUUCUGUACUGCUACUUUUCUUGGAAAUUGCAAAUAGAUUUUUCAGGAGGUUUUAUUAUCUUUUUUAUGAGAAAAUAAUUUGUUUUCAGUGAAAUAAAAUUUUAAAAGUUCCUGCCU